AUGAUAUGGAUGGAUUCGAAUCGUAAAACAUUAAGCAUUUAUGUGCUAAGAUUAAAUUUACCAUUAAAACCAUCCGGAGUUGAUUUAUCAAUUGACAGUGAUGAUGAAGAAACACUCGAGUUUCAUAUAAGACCUCGAGUAUUUUAUGUAUGCAAUUUAUGUUUAGUUUGUAUGAAUACCUGUACAACAGGCGUUAAGUGUAAUAAUUGUCAUAUGGUUUAUUAUUGCACGGAAAAUCAUCGGAAUGAGGAUAAAUCGAAACAUAAUGAAUUGUGCUGUGCAUUAUCACGUGUAUGUAAAGGUAUGGAAGGUUUUUCAUUGGCUAAAAGUUUACCACCAGAUUUAUACCGUUCAUUUCGUAUGAAAACAAUAGAUGUUGUUGAAAGAUUAAUUCGAAGACGUUUAGAUUUAUGGGAACGUGAAAUAUUGUUGUAUCCAAAAAUAUGCCGUUCAUGUAAAAAAAUAGAUGAUGAUUUAAUUUGUUGCUAUAAUUGUAAUAUUGAUUUUUAUUGUAUUAAUCACAAAGAUGAACAUGAUAAAUGGUGUAAAGAUUUUCAAGUAUUUCGCAAAAUAUUGUGGAUGCAGCAUCAGCACGGCUUUGUUGAUCCUGAUGUACCGGUUGUAUUUUAUAAAGAACCACAUGUCUUACCAGACAAUUUUGAUUUAUUAAUGUAUCAUAUGUAUGACAAUAGUCCUAUAUAUAGGCGGAUUGAUUGCUAUACUUAUGCGAGUUUGUCUUAUAUUUCAACGGUGCCAUUGACAUCAUUAUUUGCAAUGCAAAAAUCAAUUUAUAACUGGGAAUUAAAAAGUGAAUUUGUUAUUCAUAUUAUUGGCGCUGAAUUUCAAUUCGAGUGUGCGGCUUUACGUGUUUGGGAAAAAUUAUUCCUUCAUUUUUUACCCAAGUUGAAAAAAUUACAUUUAGAAUUUACUGGUCCGGAAUUAUAUUUACCCCCACAAUUACCGUGUGAAUUAUUGGGUAAAAUAAAAAUGUGCAGACGUUGUAAAUUAGAGAAACGUAAAAUUUUUAUUUCGUUUAAUGAUAAAAAAUUAUAUCAUAAUACGGAUGAUAAAAAACCUGCUGAUUUAAUUUGUUUAUUCAAUCCGGGAUUGUAUCGUGAAACCGGUUAUGAUGGUAUUGACACAUGGCCAUUGACAAUUAAAAAAUUUUGCGGCGCUAAAGUCCCAGUUGUCAUUACUUCAUACACGGAAUUUGAAAUACCACGUGAUAUUGAGAGAAUUAAAACAAUUUGUGGUAUUGAAAUGCUUUUAGAGCCUCAGAGAAAUCAAUUUGCGGCCGUUAAACCUGAUAGAAAUUUUGUUAGUGAUGAUGUUGUCCCUUUGAUGUAUAAAAAUUAUUGUAUAAGCAUUGUCAAAGGUUUAUAA